UAUGAUACCAAGAUUAAUGGCUGCAAAUACAACUUUAAUGGUGGUGAUGCUAAACAGCCAGAAUUGGCAUAUAACGUAGACAUUCCACAUGCUGCCAACACCACCAAGGUCCAGCCCCACAAUAGCAAAAUUGAAACUGAAAGCCACACAAGCCUCUUAACUCCUGGGUGAUAAGGCUUGAAUUGCUGUUUAUUCUUCUCGGGUUUCGGUACUGAUCCUGCAUCCUGUAGCUGUUUUUUCGGCACAGCAGAGUCUGAGAUGAAGGACUGGACAUACGAAGAAGAAGACACAACGAAGAUAUAAAGACAGGCUAGUUUUAUCUGCAGAAUGAAAAACAGCCACGAGGAAGUCUCAGCUCAAAUCUCAGAAACUCCGUUUGGGGACUCUGGUUUGCCGACACAAAAGAAAAUAAUUCACUUCUCCAGUGGUGAAACUCUGGAGGUGGAGGACAGCAAGGAAGAUUUGGAAGAAGAGCAACCAUUGAACACAAACCCCCUUAAAGAACCUUCACAAAAAACUAAGCUUUCUUUCAAGAAUGUGGCCAUUUUAAUUGGGAGGAUUUCACUUCAGACUUGUGAUUUCCUUGGAGAAAUACUGGCUGGUGCUUUCGGACUCCAUUCAGCAAAAUACCAGUAUGCUAAGGAUCAGUAUAAUCGUGAACACAAAACAACAGGUGACAAGAUUAAAGAGCAACCAGAGGAGAUGCGCCUCUCUGCUCAACUGGGUGACAAUCAUUAUGGAGCCACUAGAGUCGUAAGCUUCGUUUCUGAUCCUCAAGAGCAUUAAGACAAGAAAUAUAUUGAGAAAGUCGGCUGUCUCAACUGCAGUUAUCAAGUAGAUAAAUAAAACACAGAGAAAUAUAAUGACAAGUCAUUCCAUCAUGAUUUUUUGUUAUGAGGUUUUUCUGUAUAUGUAUACAACAAAACUGUAUGUGUGGGGAUAAACAACAAACUUAAAAUAUAAACAUAUCUGUUGGUGCGCCUGUAAAAAUUGUCAGUGAUCCGGCAUGGACAAAUGCAGGACCUUUGUCAAUAAAGUUAAUUCCA